AUGGAGUGGUGUAGAUGGACUCCCGUUAAAGUUAACAUCCAUAUGUGGAGAUCGAUAUCGGAAAGCAUUCCCACAGCCGUUGGUUUAAAGAGAAGGAAUAUUCAGAUUGGUAAAGAUUUAUGCUUGCUGUGUCACGAGGCCGAGGAGUCUGCUGAUCACAUUUUUACAGCGUGUCAGGUUGCGGCGGUUAUAUGGAACGGGAUUAGUUCUUGGUGCAAGAUUCCGUGUAUAAUUGCUUUUUCGGUCAAAGACCUUAUCAGCAUUCACAAAGAAAUUACAGGAUUGGAGAGGAAAAAUGACGCAGUUCAAGGUAUUAUAAGGGUAGCUUGUUGGAGUAUCUGGCGUGCUAGAAAUAGUAUUAAAUUCUCAAAUUCCUCGGCUAGAAUAGAAAACAUUAUGAGUGAGGUCAAAUCUCUCACCUUUCUUUGGUUUUCUAGCAGAUCCAAACACAAAGGGGUAGAGUGGAAAGAUUGGUGUUCUUUUGUAAAUAUGUAA